AUGUCGACAGAUGUAAAAUCAGAAAAAAUAUAUUUAUGUAUCUUUACCAAGAAAACGUAUCUUCAUUGGAUGUAUCGGAAGCUAAUUAUAUAUCUUGAUCGAUUCAAAAUUGAGAUUUAGGUCGAGAUUUUCUCAAAUUAAAAUCCAAACUUUAGGUUGUUUUUUCCAAAAUGAAAUCCACACCAUAUAUUAUUAGGCUUGUACCUACGCCAUUGCUAAUUGCCACACGUCCACUCAUCGCUUUUUUAGUACUCAUUAAAUUUUAGACCUCAAACAGCUUUCACUUCAUCGGCAGUUCAGUUAGCUUACAAUGUCGACAGUAAAGAUAACUCCAUCAGCAGCUUCACUUACGACUACUAUCAAACACCUUGCCUCCAUUCACAACACCACCAUUUUCACAUCAAAUUCCACUAAGUUUAGAGCACCAAGAAGAGGUUUUACUGUAUCAAUGGCUGCUUUUGUCCACACCCCACUUGAAGUUUGUGUCAAACAAUCAAUCACAAUACCAAAUAAGCUUGGUGACUGCCCCUUCACACAGAGGGUUUUGCUUACUUUGGAGGAAAAGCACUUGCCAUAUGACAUGAAGUUUGUUGAUUUGAGUAACAAGCCUGACUGGUUUUUGAAGAUAAGCCCUGAAGGUAAAGUUCCUCUUAUUAAGCUUGACGAGAAAUGGGUUCCAGAUUCAGAUGUCAUCACACAGGCACUGGAGGAGAAGUAUCCUGAUCCUCCGCUGACAACUCCUCCCGAGAAGGCUUCUGUUGGAUCAAAGAUCUUCCCGAAGUUUGUUGCUUUUCUGAAAAGCAAAGACUCAAGUGAUGGAACUGAGCAGGCUUUACUUGAUGAGCUGACAGCUUUCAAUGAUUACCUUAAAGAUAAUGGUCCACUUAUCAACGGAAAUGAGGUAUCUGCUGCUGAUUUGUCGCUUGGGCCAAAGCUUUAUCAUUUAGAAAUAGCUUUGGGGUACUAUAAGAAUUGGUCUAUUCCAGAUUCACUUUCCUACGCGAAAUCAUACAUGAAGAGUAUAUUCUCCAGGGAAACAUUCAUCAACACGCGGGCACUAAAAGAGGAUGUCAUUGAAGGUUGGCGACCAAAAGUCAUGGGUUAGACAAACUAUAUCAUCAUAUGUUGUUGAAGAUUAGCUUUUCGUCGGAACAUCUAGUAAGCUAGAAUUUGGAAGUGUCUAGAUAUAUCAUCAUAUGACUGUUCUUUGCCAUGUUUAUUUUGUUUAAAAUACAUACUCAUCCUUGUUUGACUAAAUGAUAGCCCGAGUCAUAUAUGUAAUACAUACUUCCUGAGGUUUGUGUGUAUGCAAAAGUUGUUACGAUCCA